AAUGACCGGACAUUCAAAUGAACAGAUUGAAUUGUUUGGUGUUAUUGCAACAGACAACGAUUGCUCACCAACAGAGCUUACCUAUUCAACUGAAAAUUCUAUUAGUCCGUUUAGAAUCGAAUCGAAUUCAGGAAAGAUAUGUAUCGGCUCACGGCUCGAUUAUAACGCCCAAAACGUAUACGAAUUCAACGUGAUCGCUACCGAUUCAGGUGGUCUGGCAACCUCCACACUUGUUAAGAUACACGUGUCGGAUGUUAAUAAUAACUAUCCGAUAUUCGAACAAACCAACAUAGAAGUUAGCAUACCACCUACUUUUGGUGUUUCUAACCCUAUUUUGGCGGUGAGAGCAAAUGAUAAAGAUACAGGAUAUUACGGACUGGUGACAUAUAGCAUCAAAUCCGGUAAUAUUAAUGGACUCUUCGUAAUAGAUAAAUAUACAGGUGUUGUCAAGCUAACAAGGGACAUAUCACACCUGUCUCUAGACUCUUUUGCAUUGGAAAUUGCGUGCCAAGACGGCGGUGGUCGGAAGGCUCAAGCGAAUGCCUUUGUUUCGAUUCUUAUAUUAAGACCAUCUAGUUCUGCCCCCAAAGUUAGCUUUUCAAAAACUUUAUACUCAUUCGAAAUUGACGAAAAUAGUUCAAAAGGAGCUUAUAUAGGCCGUGUCGCAGCGGCUUUAUCAUCAGGUACAACACCCAUUUAUUACACCCUAUUAUCUGGCAAUCAAUUGAACUUUACACAAUUGGAUCCCAAUACGGGGACAUUAAGAGUGAACGAAAGUCCCAAUCACGAAAAGGCUAAAGUUGUUUUUCUUCGCAUUCAAGCUCGAUCCGGGAAUGUUUUAGCAACAGCUCAAGCAAAUAUUACCAUAAAAGAUCUAAACGAUAAUACACCAAAGUUUAAUAGUAACCAAGUAAAUUUAAACUUGAAUGAAAGAAUACACAUCGGUACUGAAGUCUAUUCAGUAAAAGCGACUGAUGAAGAUAGCCAACAGAAUGGAAGAAUUCGAUAUAAUUUAAUCGACCCCACAAAUACUUUCAUCUUGGACGAAUCGAUACUAAAACUGCAAAAGAAGUUGAACUUUGAAGAGACUAAAAAAUAUGAAUUAAAAAUUAUAGCUUCCGAUCAAGGAUUUCCUCAAAAAUCGACUAGUUUAAAAUUAAAUAUAGCAGUUUUGGAUACCAAUGACCACUCUCCAGUCUUUCCUCGAAGUCUUUACAAAAUAGAAACUAGCGAAAAUGUUGAUAUUGCUACUAGCCUUGCCAAAAUAUCAGCUGUUGAUAAAGAUUCUCGAUUGAACGGGAAAGUGAUUUAUGAUCUAGAGGGACCGUCUAAUGUUAAAAGACAUUUCGGUAUCUUUCCUAAUAAUGGCGUCCUUUUCAACAAAGUCAAAUUAGAUAGAGAAAAAGCAAGCGAUUUCAUGUUUAAAAUUGUUGCUAGAGACAGAGGAACACCCAGCCAAACUUCAACUACUAGUGUUAUAUUAACAAUUUUAGACUCAAAUGAUAAUGCUCCUCAAUCCCUAGAAGACGAAUAUAAUUUUAAAAUAUCUGAAUCUAAAGGGCCUUUGGCGAUUGUAGGCAGUCUAUAUGCUCACGAUAUCGACGAAGGUAUUAAUUCGAAACUUUCAUAUUCUAUAGAAGAAAAUGCCUUAUUCAGUAUAAACUCGGAAACUGGAACUAUACAAUUGAGAAAGAAAUUAGAUAGGGAAACUCAAGCUUAUCAUGAACUUAUGGCAACCAUUAGCGAUUCGGGGGAGCCGCCUCUGUCGGCAAAGAUAAAAGUCACCAUACGCGUUGAGGACGCCAACGAUAAUAAACCGGAAUUCACCUACAUUGAUCAAUUAGUUCUUGAUGUGAAUGAAAAUGAGGCCAAAGGUUAUUUUCUAGCUAACGUCACAGCUCAUGAUCCGGAUGACGGAGUUAACGGGGCAAUCAGAUAUUUUCUCGAACCAGAUUCCGACAAUGAAGCGGAUUACAGAUCGUUCCGAAUUCAUACACACAGCGGAGCUUUACGCACGCAUAAAGUUCUCGAUUAUGAGGCAAAGCAGUUCUAUAGUUUUCGGGUAGAGGCGCGUGAUUCCGGUAAUCCCGUGCUAAGUAAUUAUCAAAGGGUUCGUGUGAAUGUUAGGGAUAUUAAUGAACACCAGCCUCGUUUCGAUUCAAAUAUCAUACGAUUCACUGUCAAAGAAAAUGUUCCAUUACCUUAUAUAGUUGGUAAAUUGAACGCAUCCGAUUUAGAUUUUGGUGCUUCCGGUACGAUAAGUUAUUGGAUUGUUGGAGGAAAUCCUUUUGGAACAUUCGGUGUUAAUAGAACCUCCGGUGAAAUAUAUGCUGCCAGAACUAUUGAUUAUGAGCUUGCUUGCCAACACGAAAUGAUAGUUGAAGCUUUAGAUAACAGCCCGAAUAGUCCAAAGUUUUCUAAAGUUAAAGUUAUAAUAAAAAUCGAAGAUAUCAAUGAUAAUGCACCAAUUAUGCAAGCUUUACCACCCUCAAUUUCUAUCAGCGAAAACAGCCCUAGAGGAAGUCUUUUACACACAUUUUUAGCUACUGAUAAAGAUGACGGUCCAAGGGGAAAAGUUCGGUAUCACAUUGAUAAUUCUGAUUCUUGUUGUUCAACCUGGUUUAUGAUCAAUGAAAAUACUGGAGAGCUAAGAGUUAAUGGGAAUGUUGACCACGAAGAAACAAACGAAACAUUUAUCGUUUUGAAGGCUCAAGACCAGGAUCCAGAUUCAGCUCAAAGACUCUCGGUAUCAUCUGUCAUUCGUAUAAAAAUUCUCGAUGAAAACGACAAUAAGCCAUUGUUUGAUGUUCAAAGUAAAAUAUAUAUGAUGGAAGAUGAAAAAGUGGGAUAUCCCGUUAUUAAUAUUUUUGCUACUGAUAAAGAUUCAGGCCUAAAUGGACGUCUCACAUACGCGAUUGUUUCAGGAAAUGAAAGAGGAGAUUUUACUUUGAAUCCUUUGACAGGCCUACUUUCAACUAGCGAACUGUUAGACAGAGAAACUAUUGCAAGCUAUGUCUUGAAUAUUUCCGCUCAGGACGGAGGAACUCCAAGACAAAUUUCCUACCAUGCUUUGCGAAUAAAUUUAGUUGAUGUCAACGAUGACGUUCCAAAGUUUGAAUAUGAUAUAUACGAAGCAACAAUAAAGGAAAAUCAAAAACCAGGGCAAAUUGUUAGAACAGUUAAGGCCAUUGAUAACGACGAGGGUGACUUCGGUACAGUGGAAUACCUUAUCCCUAACGGCAUUGCGCAAAAUCUUUUCAAGAUCAAUCCCAAUAACGGUCUCAUAACUACAACUCAGAAAAUCGAUAGGGAAUCACUCGAUCCCGGUUUUGUCGUUUUUUCAGUUUACGCCCGUGACAAGGCCUAUCCAGCUCAUUAUUCAUCCUGUCAAAUUCACGUGUUAAUCGAAGAUGAAAAUGAUAAUUUCCCACAAUUCAAACAUGAUCAUCAAACUAUUUACGUUGACGAAAACGAAAGAAGAACUGCCGUAAUUUAUCAAUUCUUUGCGUCGGAUAAAGAUCUCGAUCAAAAUUCUAUAUUGAAGUUUGAUAUAAUCGGUGGGAAUACAGGAAAAAAGUUUUCAAUAGACCAGCAUAAUGGAGAAUUGAGGGCUGAACCUCUAGAUAGAGAGGAAAAAGCUUCUUAUACACUGACGGUUUUAGCCAGAGAUAAUGGAUCUCCUUCAAAAUCAUCAUCAGCUACACUUACAGUUUUGGUUAACGACGAAAAUGACAAUAGCCCUAUUUUUUCUUCCAAUUAUGAUAUAUCCAUACCAGAAGAUGUAGACGUUGGGAAAGAAAUUGUCCUUAUUUCUGCCUCGGAUCUCGACGAGGGGGCAAAUGCCAAAAUAUCUUACUAUUUAGAUCAAGAUGCUAGAGGUCUUUUUAGAAUUGAAAAGAAAACUGGAAAAUUGAGAACAAGAAAAAGGUUAGACAGAGAAAAACAAGAACAGAUCCAGAUAAGUGUAUGUGCUAAGGACGGAAGUCCUUAUAAUCCAAAAACAACUUGCACCAGUGUUAGAAUACGACUAACUGAUAUUAAUGAUAACGCUCCUGAAUUUGAAAAAUCCGCGUAUUUCUCUGAUGAUGAUGAUGGUAUUCGAGAUAAAUUCAUUCUCCAAAUAAAGGCUACAGAUAAAGAUGAGGGAAAUAAUGCCAAAAUAUCCUUUUCUAUUAAGGAAAAUUCCCAAUAUUUCUCCAUAAACUCCAAAUCUGGAGAAAUAAGAACAAAAGCAAACGUUCCUACUGGUUCGUACGCUCUUACCGUUCUAGCUAAGGAUGGUGGAUCUUCUCAACUCUCAAGUUCUGUUCCCGUUAGAAUUAGAAUCGGAAAUAAAUCUGGCAAUAAUCUGCAGUUCACUGAAGCGGUUUAUCAAGUAACUCUUGAUGAGAAUGCUCCUGAAGAUACAAUUGUAACAAACGUUCGUACGACGUCAGGAAAUGGGGUAGUGUAUACAUUCAUUUCCGGUAACGAAUUAGAUACUUUCAAAAUAGACGCAAGAGGUCGAAUCACGGUGAAGAACAACAAACGAUUAGAUUUUGAAGAGAUUCAAACGUUGAAACUAGUUGUUUUGGGCGAAUCUGCAGGAACCUAUGCUUAUUGCACUGUAGAUAUAACAAUAAGGGAUGUAAAUGACAACAGCCCAAUAUUUUCUGAAAACUUGUAUGAGGCUUUUAUUUCUGAAGAAAAUCCCCCUGACCUAAUUGUCGCACAAGUGUCUGCAUUGGAUAUUGAUUCAGAUCAAUAUUCGAAAUUGACUUACCAUAUUAUAUCUGGUAACACCAACGAAGUUUUUAAAAUCGAGCCUGCCUACACCGGCGUUAUAAAGACAAAUGUAAUACUUGAUCGUGAAAUAAAAGACCGGUAUGAAUUAAUUAUAGAGGCUAAAGAUAAAGGUUUCCCUGUAAAUAGUGCAAGUUGCACGUUCAUCGUUACGGUAUUGGAUGUAAAUGAUAAUGCACCUUUCUGGCCAAGAUAUAGUCCAAAGAAAAUAUCUGAAAAUAGCCAAAUUGGCAGUAUUGUAAUGCAAGUUACAGCAAAUGACGCCGACGUCGAUCCAAAAAUAACAUAUAGACUUUUAACAAAUCCUCAUCAAACAUUUACUAUUGAUCGUUAUAAUAACACUGGUCAUAUCUUCUUGGCAAAAAAGCUAGAUUAUGAAUUGGAAAAACGCUUCGUUCUAACUAUUGAGGCGACGGAUGCCGAUAAAAAGCAUACCUCAACAACUACUGUUGAAAUUUUGGUGGAGGAUGAGAACGAUAAUGCGCCGAAACUUGAUCAAAGUCAAUAUUACGUAAAAGUAAACGAACUAACAAAAGCCAAUCAGAUUGUAAUUCGUUUGAACGCUACCGAUUUGGAUGAUGGUGAUAAUGGAAGGUUGACGUACGAAAUUGAAGGAGGCAAUCAGAAUUUUAGUAUUGAUGCUACAACUGGCGUUAUUUCAACUAAAACUGAUAUUGUUUACACAAAUAAUCCGAUAGAACUAUAUGUUCAAGUUAGGGACAAUGGUAAAGAUCCGAAAAGUGUUAAAGGCCAAGUAAUAAUCGAUAUCACAGAUGUAAAUAAUAACUCACCUGUGUUUUUAAACAAAAAUCAUCAAUCAUUUUUACUUCGCGAAGACUCUUCGAUUAAUCAUUUGAUAGGAAAAUUUACUGCAACUGACGAUGAUCACUCUGAUAAUGGAAAAAUUGAAUAUCAUCUGCAAUCGGCAGAAGAUUCUUCAAAAUUUGUUCUUUCAUUAGCAACGGGAAAUCUCUUUCUGGCCAAACCCUUGGAUAGGGAGGAAAAGAGCAUCUAUACACUUACCAUAAUAGCUAAAGACAAAGGAUUAACUCCAUUAUCAGCGUCGAUAACGUGCACAGUUAUUGUAACUGACGUUAAUGAUGAAAAGCCAAUUUGUGAAAAGAAUGUAUACGAGACAAGCUUGAGCGAAAAAGCAACGAUUCGCAAUAAUUUUUUACAAGUUAAAGCCAACGAUUUAGACGAAGGUCCAAAUUCUGUUAUUUCUUAUUCAAUACUUUCUGGAAAUGAGGGCAAUCAAUUCUCAAUUAACUCAAAAACUGGUCAACUACAAUUGAAUAAGCGAUUGAAUUAUGAAUGGAAACAUGAACACGAAGUAACCAUUCAAGCCAAAGAUUCUCCCACGAAUGGCGAAGCAUUAUUUGGUUUUUGUACAGUUAAAGUUCAUGUUGAGGACGAAAACGAAUAUCCACCUCAAUUUCCACGACCCGUAUUUACGGCUGCAGUGAAAGAAAAUCAAACGCCACCAACGAAAAUAAUGUCCAUACCAGCAAACGACAAAGACGGCGGCCGUUAUGGAUAUUUGGAAUAUCAACUUUUAACAAAAACAAAAGAAUUUUUUAUAAAAUCUUCAACUUUGUAUACAAACAUUACAAUGGAUUACGAAGGAGUUAGAAAUUAUAAAUUGGAGAUACUUGUGAAAGAUGCUGGAGAUAAGUCCGCUAAGGCUAAUCUUUAUGUUGAAGUAGAACCUUUGAAACCAAUCUUCACUGAAGAAGACUACUUAUUUCAAAUAUUUGCUAACGUUCGUGUUGGUCAGUAUAUAGGUCAGGUGAAGGCCGUCGACCAAAGAACACCGAAAUCACCUGUCACGUAUUCUAUAGUCUCGAAUAACCCCGCUAGCCAAAAGUUCUCCAUCAACUCGACAGGUCAUGUUAAAACUACAGCUAAUUUAAUUAAUAUAAAAGAAGAAAGAUUAGAAUUGACAAUAAGAGCUCAGGCGGGUACAAGAUCUAGUUUAGUAACGGUAUGGAUAACUCUCAGCCGAGAUUGCGAAGGUUGUUCACCAUCUUCUGGCAGUAGCGAAUCCGACGGAUUAUUGCUAGUGCUUAUGGUGAUUUUCGGAAUUAUAGCCGUCAUUGCCUGUGUUAUUAUAGUCGUCUUCUUGAUACUACGAAAGACAAGACGAAAGAAGGUGCCUCCACCUGCCACAUUUUCUACAACUACUUCUAGUUUACCCAGGACUUCCAAUGGCUUUCUGCAUUCCGAUCAUCAUUCGUCACCAACGAGCGGGCGAGGUUCCGUAUCAGAGGUGGAUAAGGAAAUCACAAUGAUAAACGAUAGUAGGACUAGUUACAGUUCCGGCGAUCGGGUUGCCGACAGUGGUCUACCAGACGAGACACCACCAACCCCAUUAAAUCAUGUUGAAUAUCUUGCCCGAUUGGGUAUUGAGCCAGUAAAAGUAAACGGUAGAUCAAUUGAAAGUAUACAAUCCUUCGGUGAAGAAGGAGGCGGAACAUACAUGUGGGAUCACUUACUAAAUUGGCAACCAGAAUUUGCUAAUAUGUCUCAGGUAUUUACGGAAAUAGGCGAUUUACAAGAUAUAGCUGUUCGUAAAGAACCAACAAAAAUAGUUCAACAACGAACAAACACGGCCUUUUCCGUUCCGAGGACGGACCCUCCUCCAGUUUUAACAAGUACACCGCCAAGGACUGUUAAUCAAUCGAAUACGAAUAACCAGUUUGAAUUUCGCAUUUGA